AUGGGUUUCCUUAGGUAUAUCUCACUUGCCAUCGCUGGUGUAACACUAUGCGUCGCCCAGAAUAACGGAGCAAAACCGAAUAUCGUCCUUAUCUUCACAGAUGAUCAGGAUCUUCAUCUUGGGUCCGUAGACCAUAUGCCUAUCCUCCAGAAGGAACUUAUCGAGAAGGGCACACAGUUCACCAACCACUACGCGACCGUUGCUCUGUGCUGCCCUAGCCGCGCCUCUCUAUUGAGAGGGCAGGCGGCACAUAAUACGAAUGUGACGCAUGUCGACGCACCCGGUGGCAACUAUCAAAAAUUCAUGGUAUCAGAAGAGAAUGAAGAUUAUCUUCCUCAUUGGCUUGUGUCAGCUGGAUAUAACGCGGAAUAUUUGGGAAAAUUCAUGAAUGGAUACACCAGAGCAACAUACAUGAAUGCUCCAAAGGGGUGGACAUAUACUGACUUACUCAACGGGCAAACUCCCAUCCACUAUAAAGGCUUCCACCAGCUUGAUGUGAUACGAACUAAAGCACUCGAUCGGAUCGACCACUUGUCAGCAGAAAACAAGCCAUUUUAUCUAACGAUAGCUCCCUCGACCCCCCAUAUUGAAGCGGAUAGCUUGCUACCUACACCCCAAACAAGACACAAAGGAAGUGCUCAAGGCCUGCAAGUCUCAAGAGACGGUAAUUGGAACCCAAGCGACGAGAGCCAGGCCCAGAAACCAUCGUGGUUGAAAGAGCUUGCAUCCAUAGGCCCGUUGAUAGCCGACAGCAUUGAUGCCCACUACAGAGCUCGGAUUGCGGUCCUUCAGGGGGUCGACGAAAUAAUUCAGGAUGUGGUUGAUCGUCUUGAUAAGCAUGGUAUCUUGGACAAUACUUACAUCAUUUAUACUAGCGAUAAUGGAUACCACCUUGGAAAUCACCGAGUCGCUGCUGGGAAGUCGCUUCCAUAUCGCGAAGACACUAACAUGCCGCUCAUAAUCCGCGGACCACAAGUAAAAGCAGGCGCAACAUCUGACGCGCCGAGUGCCCAUUAUGAUUUCCCACCCACAUUCUUGGAUAUUGCUGGCGUCAAGUCUGCAGACCUCCCGCCUUUCCUCGAUGGCCAGAGUCGUCUCAGCAAUUGGCAUAACCCACAGACCGCGUUACCAACCUGUCCCUUUAACGGUACACAAGAGGUCAUCAAUGUGGAAUUCUGGGGCGGUGCCGGUAUCGAGUCGCUAUUGCAAGAAAAACCGUAUAACAUCGGAAACAACAGCUACAAGACCUUGCGCAUCGCCGGCGCAGAAAAGGGGUAUCUAUACUCGAAAUGGUGCACGAACGAGGAAGAGCUGUACGACACGACAGCGGACCCGUAUGAGCUUCAAAACCUGGCGAAAGACCCUAAGGACGAAUCAAUCAAGCAACUCCUAAACCGCCUCAAUGCUCUUCUCUUAGCGACUAAAUCUUGCGCCGACGCAACAUGUCGCAACCCGUGGAAACUGCUACAACCAGAAGAAGGGCGUUGGGGGAUUAUAGUUGACGACGACACCUCACUAACCAUCAGAUGUCUCGACCAAGCCAUGGAUCCAAAAUACGACGCCCACUUCAACGACACCACCAUCUUCCCGCGCGUCGCGUUCCAGGAGUGUAUGGAGUACCAAUACAUCGAUAACGAGGGCCCUUACCUGCCUAAGGACCCGGGGCUAGGGAUGAAGUACCGCAAGCCUACUGAUAAUUACUAUGACCCUAGCGUCAAGAUCGCUGCGCCGGUGAUUCGGAACCUGGUGGAUCAGGGGGGUCCGGAACAGAGAAAUGUGACGCUGGCUCAGAUCAUGGAGAUGUCUGUGGUGUUGACGCAGGCGCAGAUGGGACUGGCUGGCUGA